CCUUAACUCUUGUGAUGUGUGCUCUGUGAAUGACCGGCUUAGGUCAAAUGUGGCAAAAGAAAAGAAGGCGUUCAAAGUUCUUGGAAGCGUUAUCAGUGUUCGCAUCCAACAAUCAUGUUAAUCAUCAAGACUAGCUAAACGGGCCACGCGCAGCGUGAUGAUGACUGGUUGACUUGAUUUGGUGUGCUUUUGUUUUUGGUUCUCUGAUUCGGUUUAUGGCCCCCUCAAAACAAAAAAAAAUGAAGAAACAACAAAAAACCGACACCAUAUACAUACAUAUAAUCUGUCAUCCCCCGUAUUUUGGAUUGCAUGUGGCUUACUCCACAUACUCUUAUCGGGCGUCGUUUGGCGCCGCCGUCGAUUUAAUAUUUCAUUUGUGCUACAUACAAAAACACAAAAAAAGUAACCAUGGCCCACAAAAACUACCUAUUCAUAUACAUAUAGACGUGGGUAUUUGCUUUAUUUUAUGUGGCCCAGGGUCAAGUCCGGCUCCGUCCGUGUUAUAGUUAAUUUUUUGCACUCGCUUCCGUCUGGUGACCUUGCUGGAGGCCUAUGCCGCUUGCAUAUUCCGAAUCUAAAUUGAAAUCGGAGUGAAAUCAAUGUACCUGUACCUACUACUGGGUGGGUGGGUGUUUCUGUGGUUAGAUGUUGGUGCCUGAUCAGAAAUUUAAUAAAAAAUAUAAAUGUUUUGUUGUAUUGUAAUUUGUCAAUUAAAAUGACAAAAUGCAUAAAUGGCGAUUAACUAAUUGCUCGCCAAUUAAAUUACAGUAUUCAGACACAGUUAAAAUUGCCAUAUAAAAUGGUACGAGAUGAGACUAUUGGAUGAAGUGCAUCAUGAUGCUUCUCUCAUUGCCAUUAAGCAGAGUUUUCUUUGUCUCGUUAGGACUCAUCAUUGGACUGGCAAGCAUUGGGUGUACUGUCUAUGAGAUCAUUGGCGAUGAGAAAUCUUUGCUGGCCACUUGUGAUCCAUCUGAAGAUAUGGGAAAUUUGGCAAUGAAUGAUAUUGUCGACUUGAGUGAUUUAAGUUUCACAUUAGAUGAGGAUAUGGAAACUGUCUAUGUGAGUGGUGAUGUAAAGGUUCUAUUGGAUAUUCCCCAUAAUGCCCCGAUCAAGAUGGAGGUGGAAGUGUUUCGUUUGGAGCGUGGUACAUGGAUGCCAACCAUUAUAACAAUCAAGAGGAAUAAUCUAUGCGAAUCUCUAAAGGAUCCACGGGAAUUUUGGCAUGUUUAUCUCAUGCAAAUAUCAAAAGGCCAGAUAAAAUGUCCACCCGAUCAGGGAGAUAUAUACACACUAAACAAUUUAACCAAUCAUUUGAUUAUUAAAAAUCUACCGCGUUGGGAUAUUGAAGGCGAUCUUAAGGCUAUAGUUCAUUUCAGUAUCGAUAAGCAUAAAUCGUGUACAGCCGUUUAUAGCAAGGUUUAUGUAAAAUAAGAAGAUGCGGCAAGAUAUUAUUCCUUCUGACUUCAGACAAUAUAUAGCACAUUAACUAACAGUAGCACUAGGGCACCAGUGCCUUUUACGUAUCUACAUAUAUCUUAAUGGUUUGCAAAUAAAAAUGGAAUAUAAAUAUA